ACUUGGCAUCUGCAUGCUCACACGCCGACAUAGACACGACAGCGCGUCUGAGGGGAUUUCGAAAUACUAUGUAUCCUGGCUACCGCUCAAUUGCAAGCCAAUGAGUUCGCGCCGGCCCCUCCAACCCAUCCCCGCGCCGCCGGUAAACGUCUGGAGCACGCGCUACGCCUGCAUCACGACGACGACGACGACCAAGGCCGCAGAUGGGACUCACGACAUGGCAGAUCACGUGCUGGACGAUAUGCAAGAAUCCGGAUCGAUAGGCUCAGGUCUAACGUCGCUCUCGGGCGACGACGACUUCGAGCGGCGGCUCAUCCAGAAUGCGCGCGACGAACGACGACUGAGGGACGCGCGCAACGACAGAGCGCAGCCCUUCCGGAAGGCGCGCACGCAUCCCCGUGUUGGCCUGACUAUCGACAACCUCGAGCGCAACGAAGCACAGAACGACAAUACGUCUGCGGCCACCGCGCGCGUUGCGAUCAAGAGCCCACCCAGCAGCAGCGGCUCGAUGCGCUCCGGCCCGCCUGUGCACGCGCCUGCAAGCUGGGGGAGGAAAGGACGGACGGAUCCGGCAUGGCUGAGGAACAUGAGGCGCGACGAGCAGCAGCCACAGCAGACGGCCGCGCCGCCCGAGGACACGAUGGCCGGGCAGCAUGACAACGGGCCACUCGACGACGGGCCACCGAGUCCUCUGUCGCACAAGGGCCCCAACCCGGGCAACCCAGGUACACAGCGCCAUGACGUCUCGGGCGAGUGGGACCUCACAUUCGACAUGAACGAAGCCUCGAUGCUUGUGUCGACACCGUACGUCCCGCGAAACACCAUGCUGGACGACAUCCGCGAGCGCGAGAUGGAGAGCCUGCACGAACAGGGCGCCACUGCUGCGCGCCUGGACAGAAUCUGGGAGUCUUCGGCAGAGGAGAAGCGCCGGCCCGCUGUCAGCGCAAACACAGCACGUGCCGAGGCGCAAUCGCAGGAUCAGGGCUCGCCCACCCAGCGGCUGCGCACGAGAACAAACUCGUGGCAAUCGCUGAGCAGGUCGCAGCCAGAGCUUGGGAAAGAGAACUCGCCCAUCGCCGUCUAUAGGAAGAGCAUGGAGACCGUGGGCGUGGUCGACGGUGACGUCGUGGCGAGCGCCGACAGACGGACUCCCAGGCCCUUCAGCAAUCGACGAACAGACUCACAGGAUCUCCUGCGCCGGCUCGCACGAGCAUCAAACACGCCAAGCCCCAAGGAAACGCGGCCAGCACGCCCGCAAACCGACCCAGCUCCGCAGCAGCACAGCUCGUCACAGACCGCCAUACCCGAGACCUCGUACACAAAACCAGGAGCGAAGGACGAGCCGGUAAAGGCAAUGCCUGCGGAAGACACGGCCAAAGUGUCCAAUUCGACGCCACAGGAGCAAGCACCGCGCGAACACCGCCAUGACACACCGCACGAUGGAACCACACCAGAUGUGCCAUCUUCAGCACCCACAACGGGAGAAGUCGAAGCAACACCCCUGCCGGUGGAGCGGUCGUUACCCCAACCCAAGACCCCCUAUGUAGUAGGCGGGUGGCUCGAUACUCCUGGCCCUCGCACCUCCCACAGACCAGCGGAGUCUCACCGUGAGCCAUCACAGUCAUCCGAGAAGGGCACAAGCAAGAGUCGCUCGCUCGAACAGUUGACAGUACCUAAGGAAGCCCAUCAGCCGGUAGAUGACGUUCAAGGACCUGCCCAGUCCUCACCGCCUCGCCCUCAGCUUCCUGACUCGGCCUUACACGCUCUUGUGCAAGAAGCUAGGGCCAACCACGACUACGGCGAUGAUACCCUACACUCCCUUGAAGAUCUCAUGACUCCUCGUGCCGAGAACGAGACAGAAGAGGAUACAUUGCAAGGUCUGCCACUUCCUACAAGUGCACCUCGCAGCGAGGCGGAGCGUCUACGCCACGCUGAAAUCGUGGACUUGCAUCGCCUCAAUCAACACCUACGAGCCACAAGAACAGGUAUACGCGACAUCAGCCGCGGAAUGAGAAGAGUCGGAACAACGGUCGAGCACACUCAAGUCGAUGGGACGAGCGAGAAGCUACCCGUCCUUGUUCGCGACCUGGGCCACGAUUUCUCGCCUUGGACAUGGUUUCGCAGCUUCUUCUGGGAUGAGCGCCUGAAGACGCAGCGACGAUACAAAAACGCUCAUCUCAAGAUGUGGGGCGGUGUCACAUUAUUUGGCAUCUCGCUGACACUAUCCUUCAUCUGGUGGGCGAGCGAAACUGUCGCCUGCGAGAUGUUCUGCCACCCUGAAUACGCGCGCUACUCACCCUAUCCUUUCGCAGUCAAUAUGGAUGCACCUAAGCGUGGAAUCGUGAUCCCGACGCUUGUAUAUCGCGCGUUGUUUGAAAGCUGGCCGACACAUAUUGUUUCACCUCUCGCAUUUUUGCUAUCGUGGCUAUGGACCUCAAUAUGGACUCUCGCUUCUGGGGUCAAGAUCACUGGCUUGAGCCAGCCAUCGCAUGUGGCUGUUUACAAUGGCGGACCUGCAAUGGCUGUACAUACACAGGCAUCUUGGAAAGUACAAGAAGAGGUCUACGAAGAGAACAGCCGGGAUUGGAGUAUGGCAGAAGACGAAGUCCUGCGGCGGUGAAGCCGGGCAUUGUUUGUAUCGUUUGGUUCCUUGUUGAUACGGGUUAGCAUAGUAUUGUUUCAGCGCGGCGUUGGCGUUGGCGUCUGUUGUUCUUGAUGGCUACAGUGGCGUGGCUCUUGGUCUUGGAGCACUGACAUGCAUCAGGAUAUUCUCACGUAGCGAUCAAAUUUGUGUUUGCGUAAGAGAAAAGCUCUUACCACUUCACCCCC